AUUAAUAUUCAUUGCGCGUAGGCGCCUCGUGAAUAUUAAGCGCGUUGUGACGAGCGUGGUGGCGAGCGUCUCUGUAAGAGCGCUCGGGCAUCCGCAAGUGCACGGCAGUCUCCUUCACUCGCAACCAGCCGUCAUUGGGAGUACAUCCCCCCCACCACCACCACCGCCGGCUCUCUCUCUCUCUCUCUGCCCUUUAUCUCUCUACACCCCCGGCUCUCUCUCUCUCUCUCUGCAACUCCCUCCUCGCUUGCUCUUUGCUCCUCGCUUGGCGGCUUCUGCUGCUGCUGCUGCUCGACUGCUGACAUGGCCGGGGCUCGUGCGGGUGUGCACGCCCUACAGCUCAAGCAGAUCGGCGUUCCAGACGCCCUCAAGAAAGGAAACAAGUUUAUAAAGUGGGACGACGAUUCGACUGCAGGUGUGCCUGUCACACUCAGAGUGGACCCGAAUGGCCAUUUCCUAUACUGGUUGGACCAGAACAAGGAGACGGAGUGUCUGGAUAUCACCAGCAUCAGGGAUACACGCACAGGAAAAUCCGCACGGACUCCAAAGGACGGAAAGCUGCGCGACGUCUUCGAGAGCGGGAAUGGAGAGGGCCGGCUGGAGCAAAAGACGGUGACCGUGGUGUUUGGAUCAGACUUCGUCAACCUCACUUUCUUGAACUUUGUGGCCUUCUCUGAAGAGAUUGCCAAGGAGUGGGCGACAGGAAUCUUUCAACUCGCUUCAAAUCUCCUCUACCACAACUCCUCCCGGGACAUCUUUCUGGAUAAACUGUAUACAAAGCUGACUCUACAGCUGAACCAAGAUUCGAAGAUUCCAGUUAAGAAAAUCUCCCCCCCCCCCCACCCCCAUAUCUCUAAUAAAACCGUUGCCGCCCUCGCUGCGAACCCACUCCAACUCGCCCAACCCACUGUGUGCAGGCAUUUGCCGGCUAAUUCGCAGCAGGGACCGCAGGCGGGUGGAACGGCGCUGGAGAGCUGCGGACUGCCCAACGGCAGGAAUGAUGCCAUCUACCCGGCAGAGUUUGGACCCGAUGUGUUCAGACUUUUCAUCAAAAGCAUUUGCCCUAGGCCUGAGAUUGAUGGGAUAUUUGCUGAAGUGGGGGCACGCAGCCGUCCGUACUUGACAGUGGACCAGUUCACAGAAUUCAUCAACAACUGUCAGCGCGACCCCCGCCUCAACGAGAUCCUCUACCCUCCGCUCAAGCCGUCGCAGGUUCAGCUCAUGAUAGAAAAGUACGAGCCCAACGCCAGCCUGGCAAAAAAAGGCCACAUCUCAGUGGGAGGAUUUCUCAAGUUCCUACAAGGGGACGAGAACUCUGCCAUUCCAGCCGAGAAAAUCGACUUGAGUGACGACAUGAUGCAGCCGCUCUCUCACUACUUCAUCAACUCGUCCCAUAACACCUACUUGAUGGCCGGUCAGCUGGCCGGGAGCUCGUCGGUGGAGAUGUACCGGCAGGCACUGCUGGCCGGGUGCCGCUGCGUGGAGCUCGAUUGCUGGAAGGGACGCACGGCUGACGAGGAGCCGGUCAUCACACACGGCUUCACCAUGACCACGGAGAUCCUCUUCAAGGAUGUGAUCGAAGCCAUAAAGGACUGCGCGUUCAAAACGUCACCGUUUCCUGUCAUCCUCUCCUUUGAGAACCACGUGGACUCCCCCAAACAGCAAGCGAAAAUGGCAGAGUACUGUCGGACAAUAUUUGGAGAUGCUCUGCUGAUGGACCCUCUGGAAAAGUACCUGCUGGAGUCUGGGAUUCCCCUGCCCAGCCCUCAGGACCUCAUUGGCAAGAUCCUCAUCAAGAACAAGAAGAAGAAGCACCCACCCAAGGGGGCCCAGGAGGGCGGCUCGGCCAAGCGUAGGGCGGGAGAGGCCAUCUCAAACACGCAGAGUGACUCCUCCAGCGUGUGUGACCCCUGCUCUCCAAGCACAGGGGAGGGAGAUGGGGAGAGCGAAGAGGAGUAUGAUGAAGAUGACGAUGCCAAGAAAGGCUCAACAGACGAGAGCGAGGCCAUCGCCACAGAGGAGAUGUCCAACCUGGUGAACUACGUGCAGCCAGUCAAGUUCACCACCUUCGAGGCAGCCAGAAAAAAAAAUCGAAGCUACGAAAUGUCCUCUUUUGUUGAGACGAAAGGCAUGGAGCAGCUCACCAAGUGCCCCGUGGAAUUCGUGGAAUACAACAAGUGUCAGCUGAGUCGCAUCUACCCGAAGGGCACGCGUGUCGACUCCUCAAACUACAUGCCGCAGGUGUUCUGGAAUGCUGGCUGUCAGCUGGUUGCCCUCAACUACCAAACAAUGGACCUGGCCAUGCAAUUAAACAUCGGCAUGUUCGAGUACAACCGCAGGAGCGGCUACAUCCUCAAGCCAGAGUUCAUGCGGCGUUCAGAUAAGCACUUCGACCCAUUCUCUGAUAACACGGUGGAUGGGAUCAUUGCUAACACCGUCUCUGUGAAGGUGAUUUCAGGACAGUUCCUCUCUGACAAGAAGGUCGGCUGCUUCGUGGAAGUGGACAUGUUUGGGCUGCCUGUCGAUACGAAGAGGAAAAUUUACAAGACCAAGACGGCACCUGGAAACUCCAUCAACCCCGUUUGGGACGAGGAGCCGUUUGUAUUUAAGAAGGUGGUGCUGCCCACGCUCGCCUGCCUCCGAGUCGCCGCGUUUGAGGACGGCGGCAAGUUCUUGGGCCACCGCAUCAUGCCCGUGUCGGCCAUCCGCCCGGGUUACCGGCACAUCUGUUUGCGUAAUGAAAGCAACCAGGCCCUGGCCUUACCAGCCAUCUUGGUCUACAUACAAGUCAAGGACUAUGUCCCCGAUGCAUUUGCAGAUUUGACGGAGGCGCUCGCCAAUCCCAUUCGCUAUGUGAGCCUCAUGGAGCAGAGGGCCCAGCAGCUGGCAGCUCUCAUCGGCGAAUUCGACGAAGGGACUGCGGAAGAAGUCGUUCCCAAGAUCAUUAAGAAGGAGGAGAACGGCGUGAGUGCUUUGGUGCUGAGGCAGAUUUCCGAGGAUGGGCCGAUAUCCAUGCCCCCUGCACCGCACAAAGUGGCCGCGCCACCCGGAGCUCCACAGGGAUCCGGCCCAACCGACACGGUCAAGUCACCAGCAAAACCACCACCACAGAAAGAUGACGUCUUGGCCAGCAUCUUGAGAGGCGUGGAGGCUCUCACGGUGGAGCAGAUAAAGCAGCACAAGGCCGUUCUGAAGCUGCAGUUCAAGCAGCACAAGGAGGCCAAAGACCUGAGCAAACGGCACCAGAAGCGCAUCGCCGAGCUGGCCAAGGAGCAGAUGGCGAGGCUGUCCGACCUUCAGGCAGAGCUCAUUAAGCAGAGGGUCAGCUUGGAGAAGGCCCUCAAGAAGUCAAUUAAGAAGAAGAGCAGGUCACUGAGCACGUCUCCAAGCAUGAGCCCGUCGGCCAGCCUGGAGGGCGAGUUGUCGGCGCUGGAGGGGCAGGGCGGCCGCCAGAUCACGGAGAUGAAGCAGCAACAGCAGGAGGAGAUGCUGCACAUGCGGCAGGAGCACUGUGAGCUGGAGAAGGCGCGCAGGCAGCAGCACAUCAAGCAGAUGGUGCAGAAAAUGCACGAAGUUGCCGUGGAGUGCCAGGCUACUCAGCUCAAGAAGCUGAGAGACAUCUGUGAGAGAGAAACUAAAGAGCUGAAGAAGAAAAUGGACGGCAGGCGGCAGGAGAAGAUCACAGAGGUGAUGUCCAAAGACACGAAGGACAAGCAAGAGGUGGAAGGGCUCAAGACUGAAAUCAACAGGACCCAUAUUCAAGAAGUGGUGCAGACAAUAAAAAUGCUGACGGAAUCUCAAACCAAACGCCAAGAGAAGCUGGAAGACUCCCACAAGGAAGUUUUACAGCAGAUCCUCGAAGAGGAAGCCCAGUACUCGCAGCAGCUGGAGGUGGAUCACUCGCGCAAGCUCCAAGCACUGCCCGAGGAGGUGGAGCAGGACAUGAGAACGAUGAUUCUGGAUCGUUUCACGGUGGAUCCCCCGGAGCUGUCCCCCUCUCCCGGCUCGACGGACGAGAAGGUGGUGCUGCCGCUGGGGGACGGCGGUGGCGGCGUCGAGAGGGAGGCGUUGACGAUGGUCACGGACACGGACGACGUCACGAGGCUAUAGAGAAGUCCCUCCCUCGCAACGAACAAGAACGCUGGGCGUUUGCGAUCCUCUGUGUGGUAAUUGGCAGCGUGUGAGAUGGGACCUCUUGGUGGAGUGGACUUCUUCACGGGCAAAUCCGUAUUCCAUAAACGAUGCUCGGAACUUUCAACAUUAAUUGCAAAUUGCUAAUUCUCCUUUAUUCGUGAAUAAGAAGGCUGAAGAGGGAAUCGAGAAAGUGGGAUUCAUCCAAGACAUGCGAACCGAAACCUUUGGCACUAGCGCGGAAAAAAGACCUGAAGAUGCUGCAGGUUUUCUCCGAGCAACUGGCAGUCCAAACUUCACCGUCAUCUCCGGUAACAGCCUUCGCGUUUCAGUAAGCACCUCCAUAACGCAAAAUAUGUUUUGUUGCUCCGUGCCACCGCAAGCAAUGAGCACCUUCAAGUUUUAGCGGGAGCUGGUGAAUUUGUGGUAUAGUUUUUGUUAAAUGAGAGCAACGAUUAGCACAGUUUGCUACGUACGGUGCAAAAGAAGUUCAACAUACAUAAAAAGGCACAUUCAUGUUUUUGAAGUCAUGCGUCGUCAUUUUAAUACGAACAUUUCAAGUACAAUACAUGAUAUGAAAUAAUCGUUUUAAAGAUGUCACUGCAGUUUUUAGUUUUAUUGGGAAAUUGGCAAAACGUAUUUUGACACGGGCUAAAUUGCAUACGGAAUUGUUCUUUGAAGAGCGCCACAAUGAGAGUCGUUUAAUGCUGUAGACGUGAAAGUGACACGAAAAAUUAAUCACCAGCGGAAGCAUUGGCAUCAAUGUGAUUAUGAUGCAGAAUUGAGCAGCAGUCACAAAACACACGAGGCCAUGUGAAAACCUGUACAUGUCACAAGGCAAAAGAAAAAAAUUCAGCAUCAUGUUGUACAAGAUUAUUCACACAAAUGGGUGUUUUGCAAUUCACACUCCAGCCAACGCUACCACUCAGACUUUUACAUCUCACAGAUUGGUCAUUCACACACAACCGAGUACAACAAAAAUAAUAUAUGCCAUUGGGAAAAUAAUCAAUGCAAUAAUAUUGUUUGCAUAACACCAUUAUUACACCUGAAACUACAGUAAUAACAGACCAAAUACGAAUAAUACGCCACGCUGGACACAGAAGCAUCUCUGUAAAAAACUGUUUGAACCUCAACAACUCUGUUACAUCACUGUACACAUGCAUGGCACAUUGAGUAAAGCAGUACAAGAGUAACUUGCUAGAACUCAUAGG